CUACUGCCUCGAUUAGUCGAGCCUGAGCCAUCAUGGCGGCGUCCGUGUAACUCGAGCCGUACCUUGAAGCGGACGGUGGCCGUGGCGCGGGCCCCGCGAGGGUUGAAAGUCAUCAACCAUGCUGAGGGCUGCGUGGAGGGCACUGAGUUCAAUUGGAUCCCGGACAGCGACCCAGACCCCAGUCCUUGGUCUGCCAGGCAGAGGGCGCGCCGGGCUUCCCUCAGACCAGUGGGGCCUGCAGCCUCAAAGUCUUCUACAGGCCGCUCGUGGGUAUGCCAUCCAGAAACCAGUCCAGCCCAGCCACGACAGUGACCCACCCUCUUCCAUGCUGCUCAAGGACUACCGGAACAUCCCUGGGAUUGAGAAGGUUGAUGAUGUUGUGAAAAGACUCUUGUCUUUGGAAAUGGCCAGCCGGAAAGAGACGCUAAAAAUCAAGCAAGAAUGGUUGAUGAACAAGGUCAUGGCAAACCCUGAGGACACAAAAUCUCUGGAAACUCGAAUUGUUGCCUUGACCGUCAAGAUCCACAAUUAUGAAGAACAUAUGCAGAAACAUCUAAAGGACAAAACCCACAAACGCUAUCUGCUGAUGAGCAUUGACCAGAGGAGGAAGAUGCUCAAAAAUCUCCGGAAGACCAACUUCGAUGCCUUUGAGAGGAUAUGCAGAGAGCUGCAGAUCGAGUACACCUUCCCGCCUCUGUACUACCGAGCAGCCCACCGCCGCUUUUUGGCCAAGAGGGCUCUGUGCCUCCAGGUUUUCCAGGAGGUACAAAAGAUAAAGAAACAAAAAAGGGCUUUAAAAGCAGCAGCCGCCGCCCAAAGACAAGGUGACCAGGGGAAACCAAAGACCCCGCCCCAAGCCUAUGCAGAGGCACUCAGAGAAAACUACUAAAAUAAAAUUAAAAAA